GCAUCAGACGUUGCAAACAAGUGGUUUGCUUUGCGAAGUUCGCGGUGGAAGUGCACAUCCAUACAAGUAGUGGAAAAGAAGGACAGCUCGGCGUGUUUGCGGUUACCAGCGAAAGAGUUGGUAUUGUGCCAAUGAAGACAAUGUUGGAUUGUGCUGUUUUGUGAGCGUUUAAAGGAAAUGAGAGUGGGAGAACGGAGCGCGCAUUGAGCACGGCAGCGUUCGAGUGGCCAGUGCCAUGAAAUUGAAUCCACAGCAAGCUCCAUUAUAUGGUGAGUGUUUGUUGACAGUCCAGCUCUGUGAAGAAGAGUGUGUUGAGGAUGAAGAGGAUGUAGAGUUUUACUUGCUGUUCCACGGCUCCACCCAGAGGCACGUUUCCAGCACUUUAAAAAUCAGCCAUGUCACACUGCAAGCCGUGUGCCCAGCUCAUGAUCGCAGCGAAACUGUGCGUGUCACACUGUGCCAGGCGCGACCCGGGGGCUCAGUGGACCCUGUGGCAGAGGAACACUUUCAGUUCGUGCAGGACCUCGCCCUCGACAUGGCCCAGUUCCUGGUCAACGCGGCUGGGAAGACCGAAGGGGCACUGCUGCUGGACGAGUGUCAGAUCCCCCUAAAGGAGUGCGAGAGGUUGGAUGACACUCUGGCCCUCGCCCUAAAACACCUCCCUUUACCAUCAGGCUGGAGUGUGCUGGGCACAGACUUUCCCAUAGACACGGGCCCUGAAACGAGUUCGGGAAUUGAACCUGGUCCGCAAGACACCCUUUUGCACUUUGCAGCGAAACGUGGGCUACGCAAGGUAGCGCUCUUUCUCCUCCAGCAGCCCGGGGGAAGAGAGGCUCUACGACUCCCCAACAAACAGGGUCGUACGCCGGCCGGGGUCGCCCAGAAGAGAGGACACUCGCAGCUCCAGAAACUUCUCACGGAGUUUGAGAACUUCUCGGAGUUAGAGACAAAGACAUUCAAGUGGCGUUACCCAGGAGGGAGAGUUCUGCGACACCACCCCAAGCUAAAUACCUACACCCUGGCGCUGGAGGACUUGCCAGGGAGUCCCCCACCUAGUCUGCAGUGUGAUGUGGAAGAGCUCCAACAUCUUAUUCAGUCACAUCAGAAGAACAAGAUUCAGGAAGAUCCUCCAAUACAAUGCAAGCCAGCACUGUUGAUUCUUAACCAAGACUCAAGUGAGAGUACAGAGCCUGCUGAGUUCAAAUCAUUGGACUCUGAGCAUCAGGAAUCCAGGGUUGAACAACAGCAAACCUGUGAAUUGGUUUUAAGCAGCUCUGUUUUAGAAGAUGAGUUGUGCCUUUGUCAGAACGGGACCGGAGACCAUGUCCAAUCACAGGAUGGGAAGGCGGAGCCUGAAAGCCAGGCUGUAGGGGAUUCUGUGAAGCUAACAGAUAAAGAUAACUGUGCUCAGUGGCGGGCAAAAGGCAAUUCUGUGGCUUUCAGUGCCCCUUCCUGUGGAAAACAUCAGGAGGAAGCUGAUAGAGAGCUCUGCGUUAUCUGUGCCAAACAGGGGGCUGAUAAAGAGAACCAAGAAGAGUUAGAGGCUUCAGAUACUGAAAUUGACAAUAAAGCUCAAUCUGGAAACCCGGAGGUCCAAGACAUGGGCCAUACACAGUCUCAGGUUUCCCUUCCCACGGAAACGAGUCAGCCCUCGCGAAUAGAGGAGAACGAGAGUUGUACCGAUCUUAGUUGGAGAGGGGACUUACCAGAGGAAAGGAAAGAAGAGACCGGCUGCAGCCAGGAAAUAGGCUCAAACUCCUCUGCACAUUCUUCCUAUGAUUCGGAGAGAAACUGUCAUAACGAAAGGAACGAGGACAAUCUGGCUGCUGAAAGCUCCAUGGUAACGGAUGACUCUAAAGUUACUGAAAUUCAGGUUAAUUCUGAGGUUACCUUGUCUGAACAAAACAGUGCAACUGUUAAUUCUGAUAGUGGUGAUGAGCCUCAUGGUCGCCUUGAGACAGAGACAGGAAAUGUCGGCGAGCACACGAUAUGCAACACGGAGUCAGUUUCUGGUUUGGUAACUGAUGACAAUAACAUAAAGCAGAACUCUGGAUUCAGUAAUUCAGAGGGUGUCCUUUUGGAAUCUAUAAGUAUUUGGCCAAACAUGGCACCAGGACCUAUCCAUAAGGUUCGACAAGGACUUUCACCGGUUCCCGAGACAUUUCUGGAGGGGCCAAAUGUGGAGCCUUUGUUUGAGACUACAGAGGAUUCACAACAUUCUCAAGAUGUCAUGUCAUCUUCAGAAACCGUAUCAGAAUGCCAGGAGAUUCUAUUGAAUUACUCAGUCUGCGACAUCAAUGAAAAAGAAGGGGAUUCCGAUGGCAGCAAUGAAGUAUUGCUUUGUCAGUACGAAGGGUCUGAGGUAAGCAAAGCAGUAUUAGCCCCUAUUGAAACGAUGCAGAACACUGAAGAAUUCAAUCAAGAAGUGGCUUCCAGUGAGGUAGCAGUUACAGAGAACAUUGCUGACUCAGAUUUGGAUGAGAUAUCAAAGCCAUGUGAUGAAGCUAUUUUGCCUGUUGAAUUCAAAGCAUUGAUUGUAAAUAACGUGCAACAGAAUGCUUCUACAAAACAGUCUUCUGAACUUUCUAGCAAGGUGCCUAAAACAGAUUUGUCAGACUCUAUCUUAAGACUGGUUCCUGAGCAAUGUUCUGGAGAUACCCCAGAAGAACCAUCAAAUCCAGCACACAAAGUUUCUGCAUUGAAAGGAGAACAUGGAGAAAAGGAUGUAACUCAUGAGGAGUCACUACAGACAAAUGAAAUUGACUCCACUUCACAGGAAACAAUCAGAAAUCUCCCUGAUCAUUUGAAAAUCACACACAAUGACGAUGCAGAAUUGAAAGCAAAGAUCGAGCUUCCAGAAUCCUCCAAAGAGACUAUCAACACGACAUCAGAGCCUACCACAGGAUGUCUGGGUGACCGAAUUGAAGAUUUUUCUUGUGCCUCAGCUCUAACAGAAAGUGAAGAUAGUAGACCUCACAAAACUCCAUUGAUUGAUGAGAUAAUAAUCUCUGAUGGUGAAGCACAUGUUGACACGCCUACCAAUAUGAGUCAGACCACUGUCUCCGAAGAUGUGGUGGCCUCUUCCAUAGAGACCACCAGCGGUUCAGCUCUGGUGUUGAAAAACUCCAUAUCGGACCAAUUCAUUGCCUUAUCCUCAAGUGUUGAGGUCACUUCCCUUAUGGAUAUUAAUAGUGGAUUGCCCCAGGUUUUGGAACACACUUGCCCUGUGGAUAUAGACAAUGGUUUGACUGAGCAACCGCAACCUUCAGACAGAGCUGAGAGCCUUAAUGGAUUACAUGAAAAUUCUCAUGUCUGUUCAAUAGAGCAUAAUGAAAAAGUUGAGCGGCAUACUGCAGAACCACAUGUGAAAUCAAUAACAGAAGAUGGCAGUUUAGCAGGGGAUAUGGUGGAUGGACACCAAGACUCCUCAGCAGACAUCACAAAUUCCGAAGUGAUCCACAGAGAGAAAGAGACUUUCUAUUCGGUAGAUGCCACACGAGAUGCUGGACUCCAAGAGAAUAAGUCCAGUUCAAUGAGUUCAGAAUUCCCCCCUUCGACUCCCUCACCAGAGAGUGUACACAAGGAGUCAGCGAGCACCAUGCGAGGGUCCGCCAGUGAUGGCGACUCUAUCUUGAGUCAAGAUUUGGGCGAGGACAAUGUCUUUAACAUUAAGGGUGAGGACACUGUCACAAUCACAGGUGACAGCACCAGCGGCGUAUCCAUGUCCUACUCUUCCUCCACAGAGGACACCUCCAGUGUGGGGACACCCUUCGCUGUACUUCAGGCCAGCCAAGAUGCCCUUCCAUCAGACCCCUGUGCAAUCCCGCCCGCAUCUCCUGAAUCUUCACCUGUUAAAGGAGAAACAGAAGAGGAAGAGAGAAAGGACUGCCUGACUGAGGUGCCGGAGCGAUCUGCUCUUCUACGCUCAUCCAUCCGAUCCCUCUCUCCUUUCCGGAGGCACAGCUGGGGCCCGGGCAAAAAUUCAGUAGGGGAGACUGAGAUGAGUCAGCGCAGUACGGUGCGAAGUGAAGUGGAGCGCAGGUCCGUGGGCCAUAGGAGAAGCAUGAGCUGGUGUCCUUCAGUUGUCCUGCACUCAGAGGUCGAUGAAAUAAAUGAAAGAAGUUACAGUCUUGAAGGACUUUCAGCAGAGAAGAAUGUAAAGAAACCCCUUGUCCAGCGUGUUGAGGAGUCUAGCCAUGAACCAAGCUGUCCUUCAAAGCUAGACAGAGAGGAGAGAGGCUCACUAGUGUCUCUGACUGAAGAGGAACAGGAAUUUAACCUUGGCAACUGCAGUAAUUUGGACAGUCAGAAGUGUGAACAGUCUGGACGGAGAUGUGUCCAGCCUGCACACCCGAUUCUCACCAAGUCUGUCUCCAUGUUGGCCAUCAGUCAUAAGGACCUGGAUGUGAUUGGACGGCCGCGACCCAAGCGACGAAUCUCCUUCUCCUUCAGCAUCAUGCCCUUGCUCCCUAAAUCUAAAACUCUCUUUUCUAUUGGCUCUUCAUCCAGUGAUGAGGAGGAGGCAGCUAGAUUGGGCUCUUUCACUGGUACAUCAGGAUCAUUAGAAUACAGUAUAUCUGAGGAGGAUCCGGGUCCGUUGCGAAGUGACAGCGAAUUCAAAGGUGGAGGAACCAAAGUGAGCAGGACCUUCAGUUACCUCAAGAGCAAAAUGAGCAAGAAGAGCAAGGAGAAGGAGAAAGAGAAGAAUAAGGAACGAGAACGAGAUGCCAAAGACAAAGAGAAGAGAGCCUCAAAUGGGCAUAUCUUCACUGCCGUCACCACAGUACCUACAGUCCCCUGCCACCAAUGCAACAAACCAAUCAACACUAAAGAUACUUUCCUCUGCACCAACUGCAAUGCACAAGUGCACAAAGGUUGCAGAGAGAGUCUUCCUGUGUGUGCCAAAGUAAAAAUGAAGCAAAAACAGCAGCAAACAUUUACAGAUUCUGCCUUGGUGCCUGCCGUCAACCUGAGAAGUAAAACGCUUCCAGCACGGGAACGUCCGUGGUCCACCAUCUCUAUUCCAGAUGACCAGCCUGCUCCUCUCGCCCCUCCACGGAAAAGUCCCAGUGGCAUCAUGUCUUUCAACAGCAACCCGCUGUCAAAGAGCAUGUCCAUUAAUAACAUAGCAGGGCAAAUGGAAGACCCUCCUCUAAAGAGUCUGAAGUUUCUGUCCCAGUCCACUGACUCUCUUCACAAGACCAGUAAAGUCAGUGAGUCCACAGAAUCUCUUACUGAUGAGGGUACGGAGAUGAUGGACAGUCAGUUAAUGGGUGAAUUUGAAGCUGAUGCCAAAGAGCUGGAGGCAGAUUCUUGGAGCUUCAUCGUAGACAAGAAAUAUCUGAAACAGCUUAAGAAGGAUGUUAUCAAGAGGCAAGACGUCAUAUUUGAGCUCAUCCAGACGGAAAUGCACCAUGUGAGAACCCUGAAGAUCAUGGCUGAUGUUUAUAGUAAAGGCCUUCAAAGAGAAGUUCAGCUGGAGGUCCAGACGGUAGAGAAGAUUUUCCCCAUGUUGGAGGAUCUUCUGGAUUUGCACACACAGUUCUUCACACACUUGGUCGAGAAGAAGAAAGAAGCAGGUUCAGAGAGUCACGAAGAGGGAGGCUUUGUGAUCAGAAAGAUUGGUGAUGUUCUAGUCUCUCAGUUCUCAGGUUCCAAUGCUGAGAGAAUGAAGAAGGUCUAUGGGAAGUUCUGCAGUAGACACAAUGAAAGCGUGAACUUUUACAAGGAGCUUCACAUCAAAGACAAGCGUUUUCAAGCUUUCAUCAAGAAAAAGAUGAGCAGCCCUGUUGUCCGAAGGCUAAGCAUUCCCGAAUGUAUAUUGUUAGUCACACAACGAAUCACCAAGUACCCCGUGUUACUACAGAGAAUACUGCAACACACAAAAGAGAACGAGGAGGACCACGCAGAUGUGACCCAAGGACUGAAGCUGGUCAAGGAAGUGAUCAGCUCUGUGGACAAUAAAGUGAACGAGCACGAGAAGAAGAAGAGGUUAAAGGAAGUGUACAGCCGGACGGACAGCAAGUCCAUCAUGAGGAUGAAGAGCGGACAGAUGUUUGCCAGAGAAGAUCUUUUACGAGGGCAGAAGCUAAUUCACGACGGGCCUUUGCAGCUUAAGAAUUCUGCUGGGAGACUCAAGGAUGUCCAGGCCCUUCUACUGAGGGAUGUGAUCGUUUUCCUGCAAGAGAAAGACCAGAAAUACAUCUUCGCCUCGCUGGACCAGCGCUCCACUGUCAUCUCACUGCAGAAACUGAUCCUGAGGGAAGUUGCCAAUGAGGAGAAGGGUCUUUUCCUGAUCACAGCCGGCAUUGAGAAACCUGAGAUGGUGGAGGUGUACGCCAGCUCUAAAGAGGAGAGAAACACAUGGAUGCAACUCAUUCAGCAGGCCAUGCAAUCAAUGGAGAGAGACGAUGAUGAAGGUGUUCCCAGCGAAAAUGAAGAGGACAAGAGACUUCAGGAAAUCAAAGUCAAGGAGCUGAGAGAUCAGCUGCAUAAGAGAGAUGAGCAGAUCUUGGCUUUACUGGAGGAGAAGGUGAAGGUGUUCAGGGAUAUGUGCGACUGUGGCAUGUCAGACGAGACUGUCUCCAGAUUCCACUGCCGAAUGCUCUUCAGGGCCACGCCCGAUGACAUCACCAAAGGGGAACCAAUCAUGAAAGACGUGCUGAAGGAAGUUGAGACGUUGCAGGUUCUGGUGAAUGGCAGUCUGGGAGGAGCCGUACAGGAUGGCAUGUGUGCGACCGGGCCAGUGUCUUUGCCACGACGGGCGGAAACCUUUGGAGGUUUUGACAGUCACCAGAUGAACAUCUCAAAGAGUGGAGAUAGAGAGGAGACGGACGACUCCGCUGAGCUGCGGAGGACUGAGUCAGACAGUGUUUUAAAGAAGACAAGCAAUACCAACCCCCUGCUCCUACUCAAGAGGAAAAACGAGCAGGUUCUUCAGAGUGUCGUUCAUCUGCAUGACCUGCUCAACACAUUACAGUCUGUCGUUGUCCAGCAAGACACCUUCAUUGAAGACCAACGCUAUGCACUAAAUACCCAGCCGCCUUCACGCCAUCCCUCCAUCUCCUCUACCUCAUCCACUUCCUCCUCCUCCUCUUCGAGGCCGAGCUCACUGAUCGAGCAGGAGAAACAGCGGAGUCUGGAGAAGCAGCGGCAGGAGGUCGCCAGCCUGCAGAAGCAGCAGGCCGCCCACGCCGAAGAGAGGAAGCGCAGGGAGAAGGAGUGGGAAGCACGGGAGCUUGUGCUGGCCCAGAGGGAGGCGCAGCUGCAAACCCAAGAGGAGGACGUGCAGAGGAGACACAAGGAGCUGGAGGAGCAUAAACAAGACCUCCAGAGUCAGAAGGAAGAGUAUCAGAGGGACCUGGCACGUCUCCGAGACAGCCAGAAAAAGCUGGAGAGAGAACGGGAGCAACUGCAGAAAGAUGCAGAGCAGAUCAGACAAAUAGAGGCACAGAGGAAGAACCGUUCCCCCUCCACCACGUCUGAGGACUCAAAGUUCCAGAGCUCUGGUUCAUUGGACCGUGACCCCUCAGAGGUCGAACUCUCCUCUUCCCCGUCUGCCCGAGACUUCCUGUCCCGCAUGGACUCCAUACGCAAAGGGAAAAACCUCAACCCUUUCUCCUCUAACUCAAGCCAGAAGAGCCAGAACAAUGAGGCGCAGAGUCAGACCCCCAGCCGCCUUCUGCAGCUGGCCAAACCCAAAGAGAAGAAGGACAAGAAAAAGAAGAAGAAGGGAAAAGGACAGCAGAGCCAGAUUGCAGAAUCUCAGAGCACUGUGGUUCCAGAUGCUAACACGGACGGCGAGAUCUUUUUCUGCUGAUACGGCCCUCCUUCAUUGUCCGCUUUGCCACAGUGCCUCUGUGCUGGGGCCACUGGACUCUCGUUGUGGACUGUAAACCAGAGUCCAGAAGUAGUCCUGACACCCCCCCCAACCCGUUCUCUACACAUACUUGUGGUCUUGAUUGGCAUCAGACCUGGACAGGAAGUUUAAUCUGAGCAUUUCCUGUGUCCUGAUUUUUGGUGGUGGUCAGCACAGUGCCUUCCAUCAUGAUUUAUUUUCUGAAGAAGACUGUGUGCAACAGUUUUGGGGAACAAUAUGUGUCAAAUGUGACCACCUUUGGCACUUUUUUCACACACUGACUGACUUUGAAGAAAAAUGUCAAAUUUCAGUUGGCAUCACACUGGGAGAGAGCUGGCUUUAGUACAGCAUAAAGUCUACUUUGAACGCUUGAAUUUCACCGAAGGACAUUUGACUAAUGAAGAUACUAAUAAUCAGUGAGUCAACUCGACGCAGUUUGCAAUGCAGUGAAUACGUUUCUACACCUUUCCAUGUUUUUCAUUUCAUACGUGUCAUGUUACUCUGUUUCCUUAUAUAGUUUAUUUUCUCUUUGUUCUUCUAUAAUGUGUCCUAACCAGAUGUCACAUGAUCAAGCGGCAAGCAUUACAAGCUCAUUAGUCCGUGUAAUUCUGGGUUAUGUCGUAACCAACCAAGUGAAGCGUGAUUUUUACGAUCACCUUAUUUCUAUUUCUGCUGCGUCACUCUGGGUAGCUCCACCCACUGUGAAAUUUCCCACUUUUUUACAGUACAUUUAACAUCUUCAUCUAAUAUCUAACAUCUAAUAUCUUCUGAUUGGCUGUGAUUGUGUUAUGUCGCAUAGCAGAUUUGUGUUCCGUUUGUACAAAAAGUGGUUGUCGCUGAAAACUUUGCAUUGCAUUUGGUUAGAACAUGUGUGAAAUGAAACAAGGUCCUGGCUUAAAUACAGUGCCAGGGUUAUUUUUAUUCUCUUUGGAAGGAUAAAACUUUAGCGGUUCAUCAUAAAUGGUUGCAACAUUGAAUUCAAGGGAUACAUUUGAAAGCAGUUUAAUGAGCAUGAGAUAAAUGUAAGUGCAAAAGAGUGUAUUGCAGUAAAGGAAUGUUGUUUUUUUUAUUUAUUUGUUUUGUUAAUCAUGUUUCCAUCCUUAAGUGACUGAAAGUAUGUUUUGUUUCAUUGAAAAGAUAACAAAAAAAAUGAUUUGUUUCUUCUAAACCCCACACUUUUUGUUCUUGUAAGCCGCAAUGCAAUUUUAAUCCAUAGCACUUUAAAAGCACAUUGUCAAGUGGAAAGAAAUGGCUAGCUUUAAGACAAGACAAGACAAUCGAUCAGCUCCACUUAACUGGUAAACAGCCUCCUCCUGUAUGCGGAGGAAAACAAGAGGUUUUGUUUGAUAAUCUUUUACUGUACCAUAUGAAUGUUGUUGUAAAUUUGUUCAACCAAACAUAAAACUAGCUUUCACGUAAGCUACCAAAAGAGCGAGUGUUUUAACGGCAGUAUUUUGUUUUCCUUUUUUUAUAGAAUCUGAAAAGUCGAAUUGAACAAGAUGAGGGAAUCAACUUUGUUAGUUUAAGGAUUUACAGUCAUUUUUGUUAGCCGUUAGGUAUCGCAAACUGCAGUUACCACCUAGAAACACUCACAUUUCCUCUGCAGACAUAUUUGUUUUGCUUGAUAGGCCAAUGUGCUAAAAUGAUGAGUAUACUUUGAGUAUGUGUGUUAAAAUUGGAUUGUACCCUCUAUCUAGAUCUUGGCCAUUUAAAAAGCCCUCGCCUGCUGGCCAGGCUCACAGUUCUGUUGAACAUAAGGAAAUAUUUGAAGAAUGCAGAUAAAAGUGUUAAUUUAAUGUUUUUAAACUACUAACUAACAUGCUUCUCAAAUUCGAGUGAUGAAUCAUUUAUUUAAAAAAAAAAUACCCAUUUACUCCACUUUGGAUUUAAUUCAUUUGUUUGAGAGAAUUAUAAGACUAUUUUUCAGUAUAUUCCACUGAGGAAAUAUAGCUGCUGAUGGUGAGGGAUUCUGCAUGCGGUUAUAAAAUAAACCUGGUGCUAAACUGAGAGAAAAAAAUGCCUUGACCAUCAGAGGGCGCUGUGGCAAUGUUAAUUGGGGAAAAAUAUAAAACAAUCAUUUCUUCUGUCCUACCUGAAGAGUAACCACCACUCAAGCUUUUGGCAUUCUUGACUCUGUUGUGUUUGUUGGUUAAUCAUUCCUUGUUCCGUUGUGGCAUUUGUUGUCACCCAGCAAUUGGGAGAAAUUAUAGUACUUGAGGCUGUUGCUCACAUUCUUUAACUUGCCUUAACAAAUAUUCCCCAGUCCCUACAGUGUUUGUUGGUUCCCUUUCACUGCCAAAUCAUCCUUUGGGGAACACUCACGAUGAAUUCUUACUAGCACACAUCAAGGAAGUUUUCUCUUUGAUUUAAAAUAUUGGCUGCCAUGAGAAAUGCACUAGAGAAGAAUCUGAAUUGUCAACACAAACGCAAAUCAAACAUGGAGACGUCUGCUUUGGAAAGUAAACAAUGGUUAUGUAGAGGUGCAGUCAUUUCUUGUCAAAUUUUGUGUGAAAAGGGGCAAAAAUACCACACAUUUUGUAAAUAUCUGUAAUGUAAAAAAACAAAAAAGUGAAAGUAUUAAUUAUGGAUUUUCUUUUUGUGAUUUGAUUAAAGCUUUUUAUAACUAGCUUUAUUUAUCAGCAUUCUCUGUUUGGAGAUAUGACAAAUGUAAAUUAAAAAAAAACAAAAACCUUAAUAAAUAAUUAUUGUAUGUCGAUCUUUGGUCAUGGUUAUUUUCUGCUAUUCCUGAUACAUGACGAAAGCUUAAUGUAUGAUGGGUUAUUAAAAAAUACAUUUAAUAAUCCAAUUCACACAAAACAAUAGCUUGAAUACAGCUCUACUGUGAUGAACAUGUUUUUAAAUGAGUUGAAUGUCAUUUAGAUUUUUUUUUUUGUUUAUGGGUUUUUAGUAAAAAU